AUGAUUAAUCAGUGCAGUAAGAAAUCUUUCUUCUCUUACUUUUAAUUGAAAUGGGAAACUAUAACUCAAAGAUCCUUUGAUCUUUAGAAUGUAUUCUAGAUUAUUUUGAAUUCAAAAGGCAAAUGUCAAAAAGCACAACUUAAAUUGUCUAAAUAAUUUCUAUGUUUAAAUGAUGUAAAUAUAUGGCUUAUUAGAAAUUAGAAAGAACAACUUAAUGUUUCAAAUUACAUGAUUACAAAAGUAGAACACAAAAUUUUGGGUUCAGGUAUCAGGAUAUAUUCCUUUGAAUUUUCAUUGGAAUUUUAUGGUUCCAUUGAAAAGUGGUUUGAUCAAUUGAGUCUCUAUUGUAUUUAAACUAAUUUUACUCAAAAAUACUAAGUUUAAAAGUUAGUCGGAGCUGGAACUUAUGGCAAAGUCUAUCGUGUAAAAAACAAAAUUAAUCAAAAUAUAUAUGCAGUGAAGACCUUUGAAAAACAACUUCUAAGUUCUCUUGAUGAUUAGGAAGGCUUGGUCAAGGAAAUCGGAAUUCUGAGGACCUUAGAUCAUAGAGGUGUCAUAAAACUUCAUGAAGUAUAUGAGAGCGAAUAGUUCAUUUUUUUGGUUUUUGAAUUUCUAUAGAAUAAGACACUAAAUGACACAUUGGAAAGAGGAGUUACAAUAGCAGAAUCUUAGGCCUUCAAUAUAAUUAAGGAUCUACUUGAAACAGUGUUAUAUAUUCAUGAGUAAGGGAUUUUACAUAGAGAUUUAAAACCUGAUAAUAUAUUAUUGAGAAAUGAAACAUAAAAAUAUGUUAUAAUAGAUUUUGGAUUAGCUGACAUAUACAGGGAGGAUGGUCAGUAUUUAUUUAUUAAGUGUGGAACUCCAGGAUAUUGUGCACCAGAAGUCUUGUGCAAUUAAAAUUAUGAUCAAAAGGUAGAUGUCUUCAGUCUUGGGAUUAUUCUAUAUUAGAUGUUGACAGGCUUUAAUCCCUUCUAUUCAAAGAAUUAUGAUGAUAGGUAUAAGCUAAAUAAAGAGUCAAAACUGGAUUACAGCAAAGUUAAAGUGUCUUAUGAUGCUCUUGAUUUGCUCUAAGGCAUGUUGAAUCGAAACCCAUAGAAGCGACUUAGUGCUAAGGAAGCCUUGAAUCAUCGUUAUUUUCAAUAACAAAAGCAACAUCAUCAUGUUCCUUCACUUUCCCAUCUCUCUGAUACACUUUUGAAUACUGGAAGCUAGAUUUCAUCGCCUCGAUAUGAGGGAAAUUUCAAUUUUUUUGAAAUAGGUGAGUCUUCCAGUCGUUUCACAAGUCCUUUACUCUCUCCAAAAUUAAGUCCAAGAUUUGAGGAAUUAGAUAAGGAAAUUGUGAAUCAUUAGAAUAUUUACAGUUUGCAUGUAAAUAAUAUGAAAGCGGGGGGAUAAAAAAUAAAUUAUGAUGAAACUUUAGAGAAGCUGAUUUAGAAAUAUUAAAGGACUUGA